AUGGCUCGAAACUGGGAGGCUUAUUUGCAGGAUGAAAUAAAGAAAUCCAACGGUGGACAGACACGGAAAGACGUGGAAACAAUCAGAGAUUUCCUCAAGGGGGCAGCCAGUAGCACAGAGGCAGCAGCGCAGCUGGGGAGUGGUUUCACGACUAAAGAUAGCACAUACAACGUCUGGUCAUUCGUUGGGCAAAUCUCAAGCAAGUAUCCAGAGCACCAUGAAGCGCUCCUGAAGCUGGUCGCUGCCAUUUACCAGCUUCCCGACGUCGUUGAUCAAAGCGGGCAAGUCGCGCUGCAAUUGUCUGAUCAUUCGGACAUGAUAGGCGCUGUCUGGGGGGAUUUGACCGAGGAUCGCAAUUGGGAAACCUACUACGACAAUCACGUCAAUUCAAUCGCGUUCCUGGCCAAGAUGUCCAACCUGGGCAUUCCCAGCCUGAACCUCGCUGAUGAUUGCGCACAAGACUUCUGUAUGGCGUUUGAACAGACACCCCGAGACGAGGCAUCGUUCAAGCAGGAGGAUAUCCAGGCACUCAACAUUAAUAUCCCACUUGUGGCUCAGUGGGUUUUGAACGCUGGCGGGGUCAUCAUUACCCUCAACGGGAAGAUCGAACCUUGGCCGCCCAACCGAAAAAGCCUAUGGACGGGACCUCCAGAGUUCUGUAUUGCGAGAUGGGAGUUUUGGAAGUCCAGAGCGGCAUGGGUUCAAGACCUCAAGUCUGUACACCCAAAAACGAGAGAGCUGGCACGUGGAGUAACGGAAGCGAUGGAGAAAGCCGAGGAAGCGUAUUACGGGUAG